UUAAAAAUAUGAUAAGAUAUCUUCGAACACGGUUAAACUGCAUUUUAAUUACCUCUUUUCACCCACUCUUGGCUUUCCACUAAUGUAGUCAAAUGAGACUAGUAGCGUAGUGAACAUUACGAGAGAUUCGGUUGUGAUAACAAGACAACUGAUAAAACCGACAUAUAAAAUGUAGUACAUCGCGAUUAAGCUUCCAGUCCGUCUAUAAUGCGUUAAAAAGAGGCACGAAGGAGGCCAAUACAAAAUCAUUGUUCUUCCUGGUGGCUUUAUUACGUUUCAUCGCUAUCUCUGUAAGUUUCGCGACAACUAUUAUCGUUGAUCAACACGAAACCUAACUUCCUAAAUCUCAUAAAUUUGAUUAUUAUCACAUUUUAUUAUUUAAAGCGAAUAUUUGUAUUACACAAAAAAUGCAAUGAAAACAAAACAGUUAAGAUGUGUAAUAAAUGAGAAAUAUGAGACAAUUCAAUUUGAUGAAUGUUACAGUCCGUAAAAGAAGAAAUAAGAAAGAUGAACAAAUCGCAAAUCAAAUGGUUGCCACAAUAUUUAGCUGCGAUUACAGCCACCUUGUCCGCGGCUAUUUCGGGUACUCACAUCGGCUGGACAUCGCCAAUAUUACCAAAAUUAAAGUCUCCAGACUCCCAUCUGGUAAUAACCUCGGACGAUGCCUCGUGGAUCGCCUCGCUCGUUCUCCUCGGCUCGGUACCGGGCAAUAUACUCGCCGGUUUCAUCGUAGAUUGGUUCGGUCGUAAAACGUGCCUCCUGUUAGGUGGUAUCCCACUCACCGUUAGCUGGAUCCUAAUUAUCUUAGCCUGGGAGCCUUACAUCCUGUACGUGUCGAGGUUCAUCGCUGGCAUCGGGCUCGGCGUUGCGUACGUGGCGUGCCCGAUGUAUAUCGGCGAGAUCGCCGACAAGAACAUCAGAGGCUCGCUGGGUUCUCUCAUCAAGUUGAUGGUGACUUUCGGCGAGCUGUACGCCCACGCGAUCGGUCCGUUCGUCUCGUACGAGGGUCUCGCGUACAGCUGCAGCGCGAUAUCGGUGAUCUUCUUCCUGACGUUCAUCUGGAUGCCGGAAUCACCGUACUAUUUGCUGAUGACAAACCGCGAGGACCAAGCGAUGAGCAGUCUCAAGCAGCUCAAGUGGUACGCCACGGAGGACGAACUUGAAGAGGACAUGGAGCAGAUGCAGAAGACCGUGGUACGCGAUCUAAGCGACAGAGGACAUAUAUGGAAUCUAUUCGACACGCCAGGUAACAGGAAAGCGGUUUUGAUCGGGUUCGGUCUUCAGUUCGUGCUGCAGUUCAGCGGUUUGGCCGCGAUCGAGUCGUAUACACAAGAAAUGCUUGAGGAGGGCGAUAAUGGUUUACCUGCCCCAAUAGCGGUGAUUGUCCUCAGCGUCGUUCAAUUAAUAGCCGGCGUCGGGGCCGCGGUUUUGGUAGAUAGAUUAGGACGCAGACCGCUGCUCCUUGUUACGACGUUACUCUCUGGAUUAACUUUGACAGUCGCUGGGACGUUUUAUUUCCUGAAAUUCUUCGUGUUGAUAAAUGUGUCCAAUUUUGGUUGGGCUCUUCAUGUCUCUGUAAUAUUGUACGAAUUGUUCGUCGCGUUAGGUUUGAACCCGUUGUCUUACAUGAUGCUUGGGGAACUUUUUCCUACAAAUAUCAAAGGAAUUGCUGUGUGUACUGCGAAUGUGUGGGCCUCCUUAUUAGCGUUCUUCGUUUCGAAAAUGUACCAAGUCGUUUCGGAUUCUUGCGGAAUUUAUACUUCUUUCGGUUGGUUCGCGAUAAGUUGCUACCUCGGGAUCGCAUUCAUACUUUUCGUUGUCCCGGAAACGAAAGGAAAAUCGUUGUUGGAAAUACAGGAGGAAUUGAAUUGCAAGAGGAAGAGCCAACGCAAAGGUUUUAAAAAUAAUCAAGAAAUUCGUAUCAGCACGAUCAGUUAAAGAGAAACAGUAAAACAAUGGUUCCGAUUUCUAUUCUUAGCCCAAAUAAUACUUCAAUCGAUCAAUCAAAGCAAAUCCUUAUUUUUAUUACGUCGAGAAGGAAUAGAUUUAAUAAUGCCGAUAUGAUGAUUUCAUUUAUUUUAAAUUUUCUGCAAUUCAAGAAGAAUUAUUAGCAUCGAUAAGUAAAAUGUAAACUUUAAAGAAUUUUCAACUAUUAUGCAAAAUAUUACAAGUCAAUUUAUUGCAUUGAC